GUCGUGGAUCUUUGAUUAUUUCCAACUCCCGGAAGACAAGAAGCUGCAGUAUGCCUAUGCAUUCCUUGAGAUUUCGCCUGAUGCUUCAGACCAAGAGGUCGCCAGAGCGUACCGUGAGAAAGCACGCCAGGUCCACCCGGACAAAGGUGGUUCUGACGAAGAGUUCAAAAUUCUCGCAGUACAUGUUGAGGUAAUCAAGGCACACCGUGCCCGCACAGCGAGUGCUGAUAGCCCAAAGUCGGCUGAAGCGCAAGGGUGCAGUGCUCCUGCCCUGUCGCUUGCUCAGGUCUUUCUGUGA